UUUUGACACCAUUAGUGCGGGAAUGAACUUAUUUUGCACCGCAAAUUAAACUUUCACAGAAAAAACAGUUGCAAUCUUGAUGAUUUUUGGUAAUCUUUUGGGCUGUGUACCAAACAAACACGUGUGUAGGCCCUUCAGCACUACACCACUUCAUUAUUAUUCUACCUUUUAUUAAAACAAUUGCAGCUCCUGCAAUUUGCUUAUUGCACUCGGCCAUAUUGCGAUUCCAAUAAUAUUUUUUUAAUACUUUAUACACUGUUGGGUUGUUGAGUCUACAGCAAGGCAUCAUAUUCUAUGAUCAUCAUAUAUUCGUAGUGUGGCUGUCCUGGGAGAACUACAUAUCUCUAAAAAGUCUUUUCAUGAGCUCAGUAAAAACAGUUGCAUGGAUUUUAAAGUUUAUUUAUGUUUUAAAGUAGGAUAAUGUUCUCAACCCUUCAGUUUAUCACAAACAUUCACAGUCAAUACUUUUACAAAUAUGAGAAUAAUAAAUAAAUAAGAGCAAGUACCUUUAACGUUUGAGUAAAAGUAUAUAGUUACAUUCCACCACUGUAUGAAGUUUCAUUCAUUACGGUCAGUCAUAACCACAAGUUUAGGUAGCGGGUUUCCUCCUGUUGUAGUAAAAAAAGGUUUGUUCCCCCCAAGUUACGCGUUCAAGUCCUGCAAGUUAAGACUGGGUUUGGUAACGCUGUGUUUCUCUCGCAGGAUGAGUCAUUUAAACCGGUGUCCGCCGAUGCCAACUGGACUGCGCAGGGUGAAGACCUGCUGAGGAGGUCGAAACAACUGCUCGGUGUAUCACUUCUGACCUCUGCUGGACUGCCACAACCAAUGUCGGACAUUUGGGUCAACGUGUUGUUUGAUGACACUCCACAGAGGCAAACUCCAUCGAGCCGGAAGAGGAAGAGAAACAGGGGGCCGCGCAAAAAGAAUUUAGAGCAAAGCGGCUCACCGGAAGGUAAACACGAAUACGACCACAGAAUGGGUCGGACCAGAUAUGAUGAAGCUCCACCGCGCCGCAACGGAGCGGUCGCAAACCAACCAUCAGCUCCCGCUCACACACACAACAACAGUUUACCUCAUUCAAGCAGCUCAGCCGGCACUUCACACCACAGCGCCAAGCCUUCGACGUCCAACCAGGGACCUGUGAACACCAGCGCCACCCACUGCCCCUCGGUGUCAAGCAGCCAUAAACAGACGUCAGCAGGAAAACCCGCAAAGUACCUCGCCAUCGACUGUGAGAUGGUGGGUUCGGGACCAAAGGGGCACAUCAGCCAGCUGGCACGCUGCAGCUUGGUGUCCUACGACGGAGACGUGGUUUACGACAAAUUCAUCAAACCCGCCAUGCCUGUUACCGACUUCCGCACCCGAUGGAGCGGCAUACGGCGCUGUGACCUCGUCAAUGCUGUCCCGCACUCUGACGCCCGGAAGGAGGUGAGGAGAUGAUUGAAUAAGUGUGUUUUCUCUGUUACGUCGGUCUCCUCUCAAACAGAGAGUGAUGUAACGUAACAGUGUCAGCUUUUGUUUGCGCUGGAACAAUAUUCUCAGGAUGUGACUCUUCCUUCAGGAGCUUUCAGGGGUCGCUGGCAGGGCCACUGGUUGUGAGUGAUUAAGCAGAUGUGUCUAGGUCUGAAACUAACAAUUGGUUUUUCUUCUCCAGCCGAUAUGAUAACCGAUAACUACCUGCUUCUCAUGGCUGACACUGAUAAGAUAACCAAUAAUUUCACAUUUCUGUAUUUUAAAAAGUUCAUAGUCUGUCAUUUUACACACCCGAUGGUAAGAAAGGCUAAGAUGUGGUGAGCAAAAAGGAUGAUUUAAUAUUCCAUAGCUCUGACCCAGUCAAGGUGAUAUAAUGAAAUUGCUGGUUUUGUCCAGCUUAGAUGCCAAAAUGCAUAUAGUCAGCAGAGAAAUAGUACAAAAGAAAGUCAAAAAGCGUUUCCACAUUCACAUAAUUGUUGUCCUUGCCCUCAGUGAUUCCUGUCGCACUAAAAAAAACAUCGCAAAUCGUCCGAUAAGACAGCAAAAGUUCUCAAAAACUGUUAAUCGAAAAUGUGAAUCUGUUUGAUGUGUUUUUCUUGGUGCUAUUGGUUCUUUAUCUGUGUCUUGUGGGACAAACUUGAUCAUGUUUUAUUCAGAAUUGUUCUCCACUGGUUAACAAGGCACACAGGGUUAGGCCUGUAUGUAUGAGGUAUGCUGAUAUUUCAGCCUUUCAGUGUUCACUGCCAAAAUAUCAUUAUGAACUUAUAUAUAUGAAUAAGCAUGAGUGCAAUGUCUUAAGUCCAAAAUCCAAGUUUUGGGGAGAAUUUGUAUUGUUAAUGUUGUAACAACUACAAACUGAAACCAACGUGGGACCAGUAUCGAUGUUUUUUGCCAGUCGACAUGAAAAAGGUCUUAAAUUGCAUUCGUAAUGGUCUUAAAAAGGUCUUAAGAAGUCUUAAAUUUAACCUGUUGAAACCUGCAGAAACUGUGAAUGCAAAGUAAUGUGUAUUUGUGUUUGAGUUCUUCAUUUACAGGCUGAUUUAUCGCCUGAGUUUCUCUGAUACUUCUAUUAGCCCGAGCGCUAGAUCGGUCGGCUGAUAUUAUCAAACAUAUGGGUAUUGUAUCGAUAUAUAAUGCAGAAACAAAAUGCUUGUGGAUAAUAUUGUGGUGUCACUGUAAAGUUUCUCCAGCAGAGUGCGCUGUGAGUUAUCAUACUGUGGCAAGCAGCACAGAGUAACAGAGGGUGCAGCAGAAUAUUUAACUUAAAUAUCAUUUAAUAAAGUUAUCUGUUUAAGGAAAGCAUCGUUCUGAGUACCUGAGUAGCACAAUCACAUCGGUAUAAAAUCCACAUAGAAGAGGUGUAUUUUCAUUCUAGCUCAAAAUUCACUCACUAUAUCAGCCGUCAUAUCAGUUCCCCCCUAAAACUGGCGUUGAUCUAAAAAAUCCCAUAAUGCCCAGGCAUUCAGGCAUCAACAGUCUAUUUACUAUAAAAAAGAAUUAAA